AUGAAAUUUUCUCUGUUUCUGCUAGCGUUGGUCGGUGUUGUGGCACUGUGCCUGCUGGACAGCCCGGUUGAAGCUCAGGGUGGCGGCGGCGGCGGUCGUGGAAAGGGUGGAAAAGGAGCGGAAAUGAGUGGAGGACGUGGAGGACCCCAGAAGGGUGCCGAGAUGAGUGGAGGUCGAGGCGGUCCUGGAAAGGGAGCUGAGAUGAGUGGAGGUCGUGGAGGCCCCCAGAAAGGCGCGGAAAUGAGCGGAGGGCGUGGAGGUCCCGGAAAGGGUAUGGAAAUGAGUGGUGGCCGAGGAAAAGCUGAUGGCGGCGCUGCUCCGGAAGUCGUAGCUGAAUAA